GCGAUUUUCGUAUUCACGUAUAGAAAGAGGCAUAUUAUUUUCAAAUUCCUGCUUUAAUUUAUUAUCUGAACUGAACAUAUAAAGUAAUAAUAAUGGAUCCGAGUGCUAUACGAAAGCUCGAUGAGGUAGUGGUGAAUCGGAUUGCAGCGGGUGAGAUUAUUCAGCGGCCGGCAAACGCGGUUAAGGAAAUGAUCGAAAACAGCCUGGAUGCCAAAUCCACCAGCAUUCAAGUGGUAGUAAAAACUGGCGGGCUGAAGUCCCUGCAGAUCCAAGACAACGGAACCGGAAUACGUCGGGAAGAUUUGGAAAUUGUAUGCGAACGGUUCACGACGUCCAAAUUGCAGAAAUUUGAGGACCUUUCCACCAUCGAUACGUACGGGUUCCGCGGGGAAGCUCUUGCUAGCAUAAGUCAUGUAGCACAUUUAACCAUCGUUACAAAAACACGUCUGGAAAAAUGCGCGUUUAAGGCAUCAUAUGAAGACGGCAAGUUGAAAGGUGAUGUAAAACCAUGUGCCGGAAACCAGGGAACGCAAAUAACGGUUGAAGAUCUAUUUUACAACGUUCCAAUGAGGAAGCAAGCCCUUAAAGCCCCCAACGAAGAAUACCAGAAAAUAUCGGAUGUCAUUAGCAAAUACGCAGUUCAUAAUCCACAGACGGCUUUCAUUCUGAAAAAGUUCGGAGAAAAUGCGUCCAUAAGAACUCAAGCCAAAUCGACAGUCGAAAAUAACAUUAAAACAAUUUAUGGUUCUUCCAUAGGGAAAGCUUUGAUGAAACUGGACAUCGAUGAUGACAUAUUGCAACUUAAAGUCAGUGGCUUUAUCACCAAUGUAAACUUUUCUUUGAAGAAAAGUUUAUUUGUACUGUUUAUAAACCACCGCGCUGUGGAGUCAACUAAUCUUAAACGAGCAAUCGAUCAAGUCUAUUCACUGUAUCUAGUGAAAGGAACGUCUCCUUUCAUAUACCUAUCCAUAGAAAUGAAUCCAGCUAACGUGGACGUAAACGUGCAUCCUACCAAGCACGAGGUACAUUUCCUACACGAAGAUGAAAUCAUCGAUAAAAUUAAGGAAGCAAUCGAACGGAUCCUAUUGGGUGGCAACGCCAGCCGAACUUUCUACACUCAGGCCCUUUUGCCGGGAGCUUCCACGCCGGACGUGGAAACUGUAAAGCUAAACGAAUCUUAUGACAAACCUAAGCAGCUGGAGUAUAAAUUAGUUAGGACCAGUCACAACGAUCAAAAGUUGGAGAAAUUUUUCGGUCCGAAUGUCUCACGGAAUGCUUCUUUCAAUGAAUCAACCGGAAACACCAGCUCAACGAUAAGCAGUGCUACGAUAGUGACGCCCAAAAGAGAGAAAGUAUUCAGGGAUACAAAGCUGACAAGUGUGCUCAAUCUGCGGAAAUCUCUUGAAGAUGAUUGCGACCGUAAUACACGAAAAAUACUUAGUGAACUAGCAUUCGUUGGAGUAAUCGAUCGCGUGCAGGCUCUUAUACAGUACGAUACAAGAAUGUUUCUGACCAAUACUAAAGUUUUGUGCGAGGAAUUAUGCUAUCAGCUGUUAUUGUUUCAUUUCGGCAAUCUCACUAGAAUCUCCUUCCAAAAACCGCUACCAUUGGUAGAACUGGCCAAACUCGCGCUGCAGAGUUCAGAGAGCGGUUGGACCGAGGAAGAUGGACCGGUUGACGAGCUAGCAGACCGGAUUGUAGAAAUAUUGCUCAACAAAGCACCAAUUAUGCGCGAAUAUUUCAAUCUUUGCAUUGGUGAGAUUGGUGUGUUGGAAUCUAUACCAAAUAUCAUCGACGGGUACACUCCAUCAAUGGCGCAUCUUCCAAUGUACAUUCUUCGUUUGGCUACAGAAGUUGAAUGGGACGAUGAACAGGAAUGCUUUCGGACAUUUUGUCGAGAAACUGCUCAGUUUUACGCAAAGAUGGCAUUGACCAAAGAAAUGACAGAAUGUAAAUGGGAAGUCGAACACGCGGUCUAUCCAGCAAUAAAACAGUAUUUACUGCCACCGAAAAAUUUCGCUAAGAAUGGUACACUCUUACAAGUUGCGAACCUUCCUGAUCUUUAUCGCGUUUUUGAACGGUGCUAGCUUUUUCGAGUCUAAUUAAUAAUAAAAAAUGGUUUAUUUAAAGAUUUAUUAAAAACUAUCACUUUAUA